GAUCUGCAUCCAAAUAUAAACUAAAUAAAUAAAAUAACAUAUACUUUGACUAAUAAUAAAACCUGCCAAGACCUUAGAAUUGGACCAUUCACGUUCUUGUAUAUUCGAAUUAAUUUCUAAUAUUAAUUCAAACCAAAGACUUUUUUGUCCAAUUGCUAAUUUCACCAACGACCCAAAACUCAUAUUUUUCCAAGAAAACGCGUUAUAAAAAUAAGACCUCCGAGUAAAGCUCAUGAACGCCAUCUUAGACCAAAAUCAACCCACUUCAAGAUCUGGUGAGGGAGAGAGAGAGAAUGGGUUUUGCAGGCAAGCCCUCUGGCCAGUUGAUCGUGCUCAUAAUCUUGAGCUGCUCUCUUGCUGCUUCAGCUUCUGUCUCGGAAGCAAAUGCGCUUCUGAAAUGGAAGUCCACUUUCACAAACCAGACACGUUCUUCUCCUCUGUCUUCAUGGUCAAACGCAACCAUCAACAGGUUCUGCACUAACUGGUAUGGCGUUUCCUGCAACUCACAAGGAAACCUCCUCAGACUUAACCUCACAAACACCAGCAUCCAAGGUACUUUCCAAGACUUCCCUUUCUCUUCUCUUCCCGAUCUCACCUACGUAGAUCUCAGCAUGAACAGUUUCUCCGGCAAUAUCCCUCCCCAGUUCGGACAGCUCUCUAAGCUCGUCUACUUCGAUCUGUCCAUAAACCAGCUGUCCGGGGGAAUCCCACCUGAGCUUGGCAAGUUACGUAACCUCGAAACUCUUCAUCUUGUUGAAAACAAGUUAAACGGGUCGAUCCCAUCUGAGCUCGGUAACCUUAUUUCCGUUCAAGAGAUCGCCUUGUAUGACAACUUGUUAAGUGGCCCUAUACCCUCUUCCCUUGGAAAUCUAACCAAGCUGAAAAAUCUGUACCUCUUUAUCAAUCAUCUGACCGGUCCAAUCCCUCCCGAGAUCGGGAACAUGACCAGCCUUGUUGAACUCUGCCUUGACAGAAACCAUAUAACAGGGCAUAUACCUUCCAUUAUUGGCAAGUUGAGGAACUUGACCCUUCUCAACAUGUUUGAAAACCAGCUCUCCGGUGAAAUCCCCCCUGAAAUCGGUGACUUGACCAAUUUAGAUACCCUUAGCCUUCAUACCAACAAUCUUUCCGGUCCAAUCCCUUCUACCCUUGGAAAUCUCGGGAUCUUAACUACUCUUCAUCUGUACCUUAACCAACUUAACGGUUCCAUUCCUCCAGAACUAGGCAACCUGGUAUCCAUUACUGAUCUGGAGAUCAGUCAGAACAAGCUCACAGGUUCUGUUCCUGAAUCCUUCGGAAACCUUACUCAACUGGAAUGGUUGUUCCUCCGAGAUAACCAACUCUCGGGUCCACUACCCGUAGGAAUCACAAACUCUUCAGAGCUAACUGUCCUGCAACUUGACACGAACAACUUCACCGGUCCCUUGCCUGAAACCAUCUGCAAAGGUGGUAAGCUUGAGAAUAUCACAUUGGAUGAUAACAAUCUAGAGGGUCCUAUCCCGAAAAGCUUGAGAGAUUGCAAGAGCUUGAUCAGAGCAAGACUCGUGGGAAAUGGGUUCACCGGAAAUAUCUCUGAAGCUUUUGGGGUUUACCUGGAUCUUGAUUUCAUCGAUCUCAGCCGCAAUAAGUUUUAUGGAGAGCUCUCACCUAAAUGGGCAGAGAGUCGAAAGCUAGUUGCUUUUAUAGUCGCCGACAACGAGAUCACAGGCACUAUCCCACCUGAGAUCUGGAACAUGACACAGCUGAACCAACUCGAUCUAUCUUCUAACAAAAUCUCUGGGGAACUUCCUGAAGAAAUUGGCAAACUUCAAAGCCUGUCGAGACUGCAACUGAAUGAGAAUCAGUUCUCGGGGAAGAUUCCAUCAACGAUUGGAUCUUUGAAUCUUGAGAACCUCGACUUGUCAUCCAACAGAUUCAGCUUCCAAAUCCCUGGAACUCUCGGAAGCUUAACAAGGCUUCAUUACAUGAACUUGAGCAGCAACAAUUUGGAUGGAAGCAUCCCCAUCGAAUUAACCAAACUGGGUCAGCUGACACUGCUUGAUCUCAGCCACAAUCAGCUCGACGGAGAAAUCCCGCCACAGAUCAGCUCUAUGGAGAGCCUCGACUCACUAGAUCUCUCCUACAACAAUUUAUCGGGUUCCAUUCCAACAAGUUUCAAAGACAUGAAAGCGUUGAGAAUCGUCAACAUUUCACACAACAACCUCGAGGGUCCGAUUCCAGAGAUCCCAGCAUUCCAAAACGCUCGGGCAGAGGCAUUGGAAGGGAACAGAGGAUUGUGUGGUGAUACCAAACAAGGGCUGAAGCCAUGUCCUAACACUUCACUCGGAAGCAAGAGAUCAUCCAAAAAAGACAAGAACUUGCUCAUUUGGGUGUUGGUCCCAACCCUCGGGGCCAUCCUGAUUCUCUCUGUAUGCGCCGGAAUCGCAAUCUAUGCACGAAGAAGAAAACCCCAAGACACGGAGAAUUCAGAGUCUGAAUCAGGAGAGAGCUUAUCCAUCUUCAGCUUCGAUGGCAGAAUCAAAUACCAAGAGAUCAUCAAAGCAACAAAAGACUUCGACCCAAUAUACCUGAUCGGAACCGGAGGGCACGGAAAAGUCUACAAGGCCAAGCUCCCCACCGCCAUAGUCGCCGUCAAAAAGCUCCACGGCACGGAGACAAUCGACGGCGUGAGAUCAACAGCGGCACUACAGAAGGAAUUCAUGAACGAGAUAAGGUCACUGACCGAGAUUCGCCACCGUAACAUCGUGAAACUCUUCGGAUUCUGCUCGCACGGCCGACACACUUUCCUCGUGUAUGAGUAUCUGGAGAAGGGCAGCCUGCGAAAAGUGUUGGCCGACGAAGAAGAAGCGAAGAGGCUCGAUUGGGAGAAGAGGGUGAAGGUCGUGAAGAGUGUGGCCCACGCGCUCUCUUACAUGCACCACGACCGGUCUCCUCCGAUCGUCCACCGUGACGUCAGCAGCGGGAAUAUCCUUCUGGAUAAGGAUUACGAGGCUAAAGUCUCCGACUUUGGCACGGCGAAGCUCCUGAAGGCGGAUUCAUCCAACUGGUCCGCCGUCGCCGGAACGUACGGAUACGUCGCUCCAGAACUAGCGUACGCCAUGAAAGUCACUGAGAAAUGCGACGUCUACAGUUUCGGAGUUCUGACACUCGAAGUGAUCAAAGGACAACAUCCGGGAGAUCUGGUUUCGCAAUUGUCGUCUUUUCCGGACAAGACAAUAACUUUGAAAGAAAUCGCCGACUCGAGGUUGCCGGAAACGUCGCCGGAGAUCAAAGAUCAGAUCUUGGACAUCAUGAAGAUCGCAAUAUUGUGUUUACAAUCGGAUCCGCAAUCUCGGCCGACAAUGCUCUCCAUCUCAAGCACCUUGUCGUAGAAGUCGAAGCAUUACGCCCGUCCGUAUAAAAUUACUGUUGCUAUACAUGUACAGUUUUCCGAUGUUUUUGGAUAUUGGAGCUAAAUUAUAUAUAUGUAGUUUUGUAUCUGUUAUUUAAAAUUUCUGCGGUUCUUUAACAUGGAAGUGCUUAUAGAUGGAUGUGUUUCAUCAUGAAUGCAAAA